GUCUGUGUGUUCAAAAUGUCGACCGAAACACAACAUACACACUUCAGUUUUGCACAUAUGUGUGUGUAAGGUGUGCGCUGGCGAGCAUGAUCGAUGUGCUUGGCUACGGAAAGUGAUCAAACGAGCUGAUCGGAAAGGUUGUUUACACGGGAAAUCGGUGCCCGCGUCAGAUUCCUGAACUUUUUAGGGGAAACAACGGCCGCAUCGACACGUUAAACGGUCGCUUUUUCGUUCAGAUUAAUCGCACGCGAGCUGUGCGUCUUCGAAAUGGUGAUAUUUAUCGAUCUUGUCGCUGAAAUGUGAGAAACUCCGUUUCGGGACAGGCAGUGGAACGGCUACCUCUAGGACGAGGAGGCGGGCCUCGGCAGCACAUGCCUCCUCUUCGAGCGACGCGAUUGGCCGCGUCGAGACGGGCAGACUGCGUUCUCGAUUCUGAUUGGCUGAAGCGCGCGUCCGUCCGUCGCCCCCCUCAGGUCUGUAGUGGCAUAUAAGAGCGUGUGAGGCGCUCGGUCUCUGCCUGAGACCCAGCAGCUCCGAGCUUCUGCACAGCACAUAACAGACUCGGACAGAAUAACGUCCACCUUCUGGCAUUCACGCACACACCAUGCCGAGGUCACCGUGCUCGGACGGCUUUUUAGACGCCCGUGUUUAGAGAAAACCGACUUUUUCAAGGAGCCUCACAGAUUUAGACCCUUUUUUACACUUGGUGCAUUUCUGUUUGGGGUUCAAGGGGUCACAGGAUCCGAGUACGCACGGUAAAUAGUCUGUCUCUGAUGAGGCCUGGAUCGAAGUCCUCGAUCAUGGUGCUGGCUGAUCAGCUCCAGUGCAGCCUGGCUGGUUAGGUCGUGAUCAGUGUAGAUAAGCUGCAGAUCUGCACAUCUGCACCAUAACUCGUACGCAAAGUUUGUAAAUAAGUUUACCAAAGGCCCAUGCAGGCGGCAGUGGCUAAUGGAAGAUGAUUGAGAUGUCCUUAGAGAAAGAGACUGCGUUAGCAGGCGAUGGUGUGGGGGGCGUUUUAAGCCCGCCCCAGAAUCUUUUGGGGCGCACCAAGACCCCCAGCCCACCCACCCCGGUGCCCGUUAGCAUCGGGGCGCCUUUCAUGGCGAACAUGGUGCUGGCAGAGCUGCCUCCCUCGGAGGUGGAGGGCGGUAUCUCUGAGACUUUGCGCCUGAGGGGGGACAGUAAGCCUUUGCAGCUGAAGAACGGCCUGCAGUCUCAGGCCGGGCCUCAGCAGCAGCAGCAGAGACUGAAUAAGCGACGCUACAGCAUGAACGCAGGCUUCAAGCACCCCGGCUUCAGCAAGCGCAGGCGGCGCGCUAACUCAGACUGCGAACCCGUGCUGCCCACCAACUUCCUGCUGGGUGGGAACAUCUUUGACCCACUUAACCUCAACAGCCUGCUGGACGAGGAGGUGAACAAGGCGCUGAACGCGGAGACGCCCAAGUCGUCGCCACUGCCGGCUAAAAGCAGAGAGCCCGUGGAGAUCCUGAUCCCCAAGGACAUCACGGACCCGCUGAACCUGAGCGGGAGAGGCGGGGACGCCCACGGAGGGGUUCUGGUGUCGCCCAUGAAGAGCGGCGGCAGGAGGCGCCACAGGAACCGACAUCACGGUGGGCCCAACGGGGGCCAGCUUGACCCUGCUGACUCUGACAGGUCGAAGGGGGAGGAGGGUGGGAGGCAGUUGUUUCCUGUACAGCAUGCGGAAGCGGGGCAGGCGGGUGCAGUUCCAGAGGCGUCCAGAGAGGGCGCCAUGCCGCUCGACCUACAACCUGUGGAGGAGUCGCCGCGCCCCUACGAACUCAACACGUCCAUCAACUGCAGGGAUGAGGUCAUCCCACCCAUUUUGCCUCGACGGCGAUCAAACACCUCGACUAACUCCGCCCCUCAAGCGCAAACGGGAAGUAGCAACUCCGCGAGCUCCGCGCAUUCAGCCAAACACCGCAAGCGCCGGCGCACCAUCAGCCGCUCGGAACGCCUGUCAAUCACGCCGACUCCCACCACCAAGCAGUCCAGUGUAGAUAGGGUUCGGAGUCAAACCUUCCACACGCCCAUUGUGGCCGGGGCUACAGGUGGCCAUCGCGCCGGAUCCCGUCAGGCGGCGCAAAACAAACGCAAACCGCAGCGCAAAUUCCAGUAUGGUACCUACAGCCGUUACUACGGCUACCAAACUCCGGGACUCAACAGAGAUCCGCGUCUGACGGUUUUCCGGCCUGAGUGGUUCCGUGGGAAAAAGGUUCUGGACGUUGGAUGUAAUGUGGGUCACGUGACCCUCGCCAUCGCCAAGCACUGGAGCCCUGCCCACAUUCUGGGCCUGGACAUCGAUGGCAGGCUGGUGCACGCUGCACGGCAGAACCUUCGCCACUUCCUGUCUGAGCUGCAGAGACAGGAAGUGCAGAGAGGGAGCUCUGCCUGGGGGGAGGUGAACAGACAGAGGAGAAGAGAUGAUAAGCUGGAGGAAGAGAAAACGGAGCGACCCGGAGAGACGAAGGAGAAGCAGGAGCAAGAGGAGGCCCGGGAAGCUGAAGCAUGUGGGGGUCAGCCGGGGGGACUGGUCCCUUUAAUGAAGCUGAAGCUGGAGCUGCUUCGGCCUUUCCCCAUCUCCUUCAGACUGUGCAGGGGACCCAUCGCAGCCCCCUCACUGCAGCCACACACCCCCGGGGUCUUCCCCAACAACGUGUCCUUCAUGAAGGGGAACUACGUUCCGGAGAGCGAGGCGGCUAUGAUGUCCCAGCGUGCGGAGUAUGACGCCAUCCUGUGUUUGGGCGUGACAAAGUGGGUGCACCUGAACUGGGGCGAUUUGGGGCUGCAGUGGUUCUUUAAGCGAGCCUACAGACACCUGACGCCGGGAGGAGUCCUCAUACUGGAGCCUCAGCCCUGGAGCUCCUACAGCAAGAGGAAGAGACUGACGGAAACCACCUUCAGAAACUACAACUGCAUCCGGCUCAGACCUGACCAGUUCAGCACCUACCUCACCUCCGAGGUGGGCUUCACCAGCUACGAGCUCAUCAGCACGCCCAACAGCUGCCCUAAAGGACUCCAGAGGCCGAUCUAUCUUUUCCACAAAGGCCCCGCCUCCUGCAGAAAGUGAGGGACCAGUAGAGUCUGCAGUUGGUCUGAGCAGAUGUUCUGAAUGUUCUGCUGUAACGUGGCUUCAUCGGAAAUGUGACGUGUUCCUCGGCGCUCUCUACUGAAGGAACUGCUGCUUCGUCAGCCUCUUUAUGGAAGUGCUGAACUUUUCAACUUUAAAUGUCUUACAGUUACCCUCACCUUCAGCUCCACAGACUCAUUUACGGCUCUUAGAGAAGACGGACUGCUCUCUCUUUCUGUCUCGCCAUUCUGGGAGGAAAAGGAGGAGAAAUAACACACACACACAUUGAUGGACUAACAAAGGUGUGUGUGCGUUUCUAAUCUUUUUAAUAGAGACAUUAAACCCAUCAGUCUUGAUCUUCUUAUUGGUUCCAGUAUCUUUUAUAUUGAACAUCGUAUGAAACUGUGCAUGGACUGCGAGAGAAGCUGGAGUAAAGCUCAGUGUGUUCAUCUAAGAAGGAACUUUGGCUUUUGAUGGGAUCUGUGUGAGGUAGAGUGUAUGUGGUUUUGAAUGUGUUCAUUGUAUAAAAAAAUAAACGAUUCUGAGAUGAAAA